AUGUUCAAAUUCGUCCCCAUUCUCCUUCUCUCUCUCCUCCUCCUCCUCACCUUCACCACCCCCACCACCGCCCUCGAAGGCAGCACCAUCUGCGAGACCGGCUGGGGCUCCCCUCCUGCCGCGGACCUAACCUUCCUCGCCAGCGACAUCGAAAACCGCAUCGUCCCCGGCGGCCGUGGCCCCUGCUUCCAACUCAACGACAGCAUCAACGGCCGUCCCGGAUGCACCGGAUGCUGGGGUCUCGGCCGUGGCCUUCUCCACGUAUCGAUCUGUGGAAUGAAGGGCGCUUUGGUCAACUUCCUCGAUAUUGCGGCGGCUCUGAGGAGACUGGAGCUCGUGUGCACUGAAACCUUAGAUGGCACUAGGAGAACCGGGGGGAAGUGGAAGGUUAAGGGAGGGCAGUUUGAGAUCCUUGUGCAUGUCUAA